AUGAGAAGUCUUUUAUUUUUUAAAUAUAUCGUACAACGAGUACAAAAUGUGUUAUGGAAGAUAUCAACAAAAACUACGAAAUAUGAAGAGAAUAUUCCUUUAAAGAAACUUUGUAAAAAAAAAACGACGCCUGAUACAUUAUCUAACAAGACGCCAAAUUAUUCAGUAAAAACUCGAAAAAUCAAUACAUUUAGUUUAUUUAAUACAUCUGAUAAAUCGCCAUGGCUGCAAUCUAGCGCUGAACCUUCUAUACUAGAAUAUUCAUAUUCUUAUAAGAAAAAAAAAUACAAGAAAUUUAGAGUAAUUCUUCCAUCAUGGAAAAAUAGUUCUAAUUUCAUUGCUUUUCGCUCAAAACAUCCUGUUUGUGAGCCAUCAAUUUCUAACGAUUUUUGUUCUAGAUCGAUUAUGCAGCAAUUAGAGGCACAUAAUUAUCAUUCACAUACUUUUCAUUUAUCUAGAUGUAUAUAA